AUGUUGAUCGCUGAAGAAAUGCGCCAGAAUAAGGCUGCACGGGUAGAAGAUGCAACGGCUCUCUACACAGGCAAGGGGAAGGGUAAGCAGUACCCGAAGAAGCAACUAGGACGGCGCACGAAGGACCAUCACGGACCUGCUAUAACUUUGGCAAGGUUUGACACUACGCUAGAGAACGUCGCUCCAGUCGAGGGACAAGGGAGUGUGGAGAAGCGCGAAGGAAGAAUGACGGCAGUGUGGAUUGCGCGAUGA